CACUUGUAUGUAAAUCGGAAGAAGGGAGGCUGGUGAAAUCCCCCGAGUUGUGAAUUGCAUAAUAAACGCUGUUAUUGGAGCUAUAGAGUGAGCAGCACUGAAGAGGAGACAGACUGUUUAAGAUCAGCUGCAGGAGUUCAGCACCGGGUCGGCUUGCCCUGUGUAUUUAGACUGUGUUAUUUAAUCCAAGUACGGCGGCCGAGUCGGGACCGGGGGUUCGGUUAGCAGCAGCAGCAACAGCAGCGCGGUGUGUUUACCGCAGGUCCUGGGGUGAUAGUGUUAUGCCGGACUGCUCUCUGGCGAUUAGUUUGACUGUUUUUUGAGGACAGGCGCACAACGGCGGACUAAUGGCCAUCAAUAAGACGUACAUUAGCCUCAGCUACUCCUGUGUGGGGGUUCUGGUGGGCUUCUCCGCUUUUCUGGUCUGGAACUUCGCCUACAAACAGCCGUGGACUGCAGCCAUGGGGGGCUUAGCAGGUGUUCUGGCACUUUGGACUCUGGUCACACACACCAUGUACCUGCAGGACUACUGGAGAACUUGGCUGAAAGGCCUGAAGAUCUUUUUGUUUAUGGGUCUCUUUUUCUGCCUGCUGUCCAUCAUCGCCUUCAUCACCUUCCUCUGUCUAGCAGUGUCUCGGAAAGAAUCCCUGAAGGACCCCAAUAGCCUGUACCUGUCGUGUGUGUGGAGCUUCAUGAGUUUGAAGUGGGCGUUCCUGCUCGCCCUGUACUCGCACCGAUACCGCAAAGAGUUUGCUGACAUCUCCAUUCUCAGCGACUUCUGAAAGAUACACUUUCUUAUGCAAAGACUCUCACUUUCAUAUACUAGAUAAUCAAACUUAUCUAACUAGUUAAAAGAGUGCUUGGCAGGGUUUUAAUAGAUCAGUGAGACUUGAUUGGAAGAAGGGAAGGAGUAAUGAAUCGCACAGAAUUGCAGAAAGGGACUAGGAAAGACUAGACAGGAUAAGGAUAGUGAGAGACUUAAUGAAUUGACAGUGAAAGAAGGACAUAUAUAUCUUGAUCAGUUAGUGGGGUAAUGAGUUACAUAUUUCUGGCUCUUUCUCACCUUCUUUCUCUUCUUGCUGGCAGAAUCCAGAGAGGAUGAUGGGAAUGAAGGGAAGAUGUUUUGUGGUUGUUAUUAAGUUAUAUUAAGUUUCUUUUAUGCAUUAGUGCAGACAUGCACUUCAAUAUUGUUUUAUGAGUGUAUGGUCAUUAUGGGCAUUUCUGAGCCUUUGGGAGUUGUCUUGUGUCAUCUGUGUAGAAUUUGAUCUUUUUCCUCUUUAUUAAAGAGUCUAGCAGACAUCCUGCUGGCUUUGAGAUAUUUGGGAUUUUGAUCUGCCAUCUCAGCAGAUAAGGGACAUAGAGAAGCAUUAAGAUUUUAAGAUAAAAAAUGUUUUAAGGGUGCUCACUCUCUAUCUUGUCCUAUCCUUGAAUAUUAUUUUUAAUAUAUUUUUAUGUGUUUGACUUGUAUGUGUUGUCUCUGUCCUACAAACCUUAUAUAUGUGUGUCGCUUUACCCAUUAGGUUGAAAAGGCCUUUUUCUCUUUAGGACCAGCGAUGCAGGAACAGGUCUGCUUUGAUGACUGUUGACUUUUAUGAAUGAGCACUUUAUUAUCUGUUAUGGUUGAGAUUCAGUGAAUGGAUUGGUGGAGACAUGCCAAAGCCAAUCAUUACACACUCUAGUGUUCUGUGUGUUAGCUAAAAUGUUAUAUGGAGCCAUUUCCUUGUGCGGUGUGAAGAAAAAGAAAUAUAGGCAUUUUAUAGCUUUUUUUUGUAUUUGGCAUCAUGGGCAGAUGUCAGUUGGUUGAAUGCCAUUAAAUGAUGAGCAAAGCUGGGUGACUUUCUAAACUGUCCAGUCAAGCAAACAUACUAAUGUUUUAAUGCUAUUUUGACUAGUAGUUGUCUUUCAAGGCAUUUUAUAAAUGUACCCAUAAACUGUAUUGAAUGUACCCAUGUUUAGGAUGUAUGUGUCUGUCUGUAUGUACAUGUAUAUGUGGACACAACACAACAGUUAAAUAAAAAUACACUUUUAUGUCAAA